CUUGCAGUGAGAGUCAUGCUUGUGCAGUUGCGCAGAUUCGAACUCAAAGUGGAAGUGGCCGUUGUAGUCGCACUGAGAAGCGCAGCAGCACUACAUCAAGCAAGGACGUCGGUGUAGCUCUUGCCACUGUGCCUGCCCCUUACUCGAGAACAAGAGCGAGAAUGAGAGAGACGUUGUUGCCGUAGAGUUGUCCGGCAUAGAAAAAAUGUUGUUGACCGGUGGAGGAUCUUCAUCCCCGUCUUCACCAGCUCCACCUCGGUACAACUACGCGCACGCAGCGGCCGGCUCAGGCAAGGCGCAAGACACCAAGUCCCUUGCAGAUUUGGGCGAGCGCGUGGUCCUACACCGGUCAGACACGUUCACGAGUCGCUACCGCGUCCACGGACAGCAGCAGAAGGCGCAACCCAAGACCCGUGGCCGGGGACGCGGUUUCGCCGCGCGUAGGGACAUACCGUACUUGCCACUAGGCAAUGUUGAAGGGGACACAACUGCGGUCGCAGAGCACGCCUCGUCCAGCACCGGAACCAAAAGCGGGCGAGACCUUUCUCCUGCGCAGAAGCUGCAGCCCGGUAAAACUCCUGCCAGUUUCAAGAUGGGUUCAGUCGCAGCCGCUCCGCAUAACUACCACAAAACAAACAUUGCGGCGACAGGGGAUCAUGUUGGCGCAGCGGGCGGACAGCACGAAGGAAAUUUUGUGGUAAGAUACGGAGAAAAGUUGGUCACGACCACAAACAAUGUGCGCAACGUGAUGUCGACGCAAACCUCGACGGCGGCCGCGGCGCGAGUCAUCGAGAGUGUGCAGCGCGCCAUCGAGAGGCGACGCGUGGCGGCCAAGCACGGUCCGAAGCGCACUUUGCAGCAGUUUGUCAAAGAAUCGGAGGAAAGACUUCGCUAUCUGCAAACGCGGCCGGUCGCGACGCUCGCAACCAUUUUGAUGCCCAGCACCAAUGCUAAAAAUCCUAAUGCUGCAGUUUCUGAUUCCGUUCUUCCUGGUGGUACGGAGCAGCUGACCCGAAAUGUAGUGAACGAGAGAAGCCCAUGGCCACAAAAGACAGAGCCAGUAGGCGCAGCAGCUGCAAGUGAUGCUGUGAAAAGUUCUCUGCCUGAGGACGGUGCUGUUGCAGUCAACAACGGUUUCGCUACAGAGAAAGAAGUAGAACGACGCCAGAACGUCGCGAACCCAACCUCAGACCACAAGCAGAGCGAAUUGCUACUGGAUGAAAGUGUUAAAAUUGCUCAACACGGGGACGAAGAUCCUCUUUCACAAUCGCCAGCGCAGCAGGCCGCAGCCGCGAUGAACGCAAAACAGACUGCGGACGACCACGAACGCGCCGCCUCGCAUGUUGCAUCUUCUCAUCGUGCCAAGGCAUCUAACAAUCCGAGUCUUCCUGGCGGCGGUACAACCGAGACAUUCGUUUUCGGUGCACCUUGGCGUCCGGCAAUCCCGCAGCGCAGCUUCUUGUGCAGGGAGACGAUUCCCGAAAUGAGGGAAACAUCUUCACGACAAGAUGGCGUGCAGCGGAAAGUUGCAUUCUCAACAGCUGCACACGAGCAAGACGAUUCCGUCUCAAAUGUUCUUGACGCUACCACGACACUGCAAAAGCGACCGCAAUUUCUGCGACUGCUGGGGCGACGCGCGUGGUCCGAGCUACGGAAGCAAUGUCCAGAUCGGUUGCUGGUACAGCCCGAGCAAGCCAAGGUUUGCCACUACGUGAGUCACACGACAGCUGCAGUGCCGCAACCCUUGCCGGUGCGCCUAGCGUCCGUCGUGGUUCCACACGAGGGGACCGAGAAAGCGCGGGAAAAAGACAAGGAGCAUGAAGGCGGCAGUGUGCACAAUACGUGGGCCAAGCGGCUUCGCCGCCGGCUCGAGAAGGCCGAGCGCGAUGCUGGCCGGGACUUGCGCGACACCGGGCGGGAGCUGCGGACCGUGUUUGACCGCAAACUGGGGCACGAGCGCCAAUUGGACGUGAACAUUUGCCAUUUCGAGGAUGACGCUGCCGGCGCGAACGAACAGCCAUCAAAAGCAACAAGUGGGGCUGGCGGUACACAGAACAAAGGUACUUGUGUUCCACAUUAGAGAAUGAAGCAUGACUGACCCGCCUCUGAGACGAACACAAGUACUUGCUUCUUUGCGCCGGAGGAUCUGUCGUUUUCUUCGGACUCGUGGUUAGUUUUGGUUCAUCUGAAAAAAUGUACAGAGCAUGAACAGGCUCGACCACCUCUAUAUUGCAAAAAAAAAAAGGCAACCCUUCGGAGCGCGCCGCGGCCGUCCGUUCCGGGCAUGACGAGUGGGGAAAGCGGGUGGCACGGUUGAACGAAGCUGACGAUCGUCUGUCCUCAACCGUACGGCUUCUCACACAGCUGGUAGACGAAAGCUCUUCUUCGAACCGCGACAAGACUCUUCGCGACAUCCUUUACGCCCAGGAAGCGCAGCGGCAACAGCGGCUCUUGCGAAAAAGCAAAUUUUUAGGUCCCGUACCCGAAGAGGACGCAACUGUCGGAAGUCCGAUUGGCGGAAAGAACCACGGACGCGAACAAGUUUCUACGGGGAUGAACAAGCCGAAGCUUUCCUCUCCGAACCGUGGAGAUAAUAAAGAAGGUGCGGCUCCUCUUCCCGAUUCCUGCCCAUCCAUAAUUCCCAGCCGCCGGAAAGCGGUCCAAAAGUGGUUGUCUCCCCAGCGGGCGCGCGCGUGCGCGGAGCGCCAGUUUCUGUCACAGUACCUGGGCAGCGAUGUGCGGGACCAGCUGCGGUUUUACCAGGAUCUCAUACACUCUGCAGCCGUGGAGAAGGCACUUGCGACGAGCGCCGUGGCGGCUCAACACCCGAUCUCUUUCGUACUGGAGUACCUCCGCGUGCUGCUGGAACGCGGGGAAGCCGUGUCGGCGGUGACGUACACUGCUUUAACGCGGCAGUUGGAACCGGAGGAACUGGCGGACCCUCACGUUUCGGAAAUACUGCAGCGACUCCGGGACAUGGUGCGGCCAGAUUGAUCGAUGUCUUGUUCCCUCCACAGUGCUGUCGCGGAUACAUAGCGCGAGGUGUUGUCGUGAAGUUGCUCCAUUCUUCAGGCGGGUGGGGGACUUGCAUGAGUGUGGAUCUUAUUUCGAGUGUACAGGGCUUCAGUCUUUCGUAGCGUACGCGAUACAAAAAUUACAUCAUGUACAUGCCACACUGGAAAAGUGUGUAUAGAAUCUUCGAGUCAUGAAAAAUGAAACGCGGUUUUCUAAAGCUGACGAAGCAGAGAGUUUUAGUUUCCAGGUAGUUUCCAGGAGAAGUUGCAAUGCCCGUAAUAAUUGCCAUACUAGCAAAUUCUUCACUAUCACCUGCACAAUUUGAUUUGAUGUAAAAUUUGGUAAAUAUUGUUACUUUGUACAAAUGGUGACCCUUUGGAGUGCGAUAACACGUG